AACCCGCAAGGUCAGGAGAAAGACAAGGUUGCAGAAGAAAUCAAAAAGACAGACGGGAAUGUGAACAAAGAGAAGUCCGCAUUUAGACAAGAGAUGGAGGAGAGGGACAGAGUUCUCACUGACAGACGUGAACAACAGCAGCAGCGGCUGCAGCAGCAGCAGCAGCAGCUUGGAAGAAAUGAGCAGCAGAAUUUGCUGAAUUGGCAACAGCAGGAUUUGCCACAGCAGAAUCCUCAGGGCCUGCCAAACUUGAACCAGCCUCUUCACGAUCACAACAAGCCAUAUCAGGUGGCUCACCUGGAUGAAGCUCAUCCGCAGCCGAACUUGAUGCAGGCCACAAGUAAACCUGCUCUGGCAAACAAUGACAACAGUAACUUAGAUAAGCAGAAAAGUAAUGGGGAUAAUUUAAAGAACAGUAAUUUCAAUGCAGGGGCAUUUGCCGUGAAAGAGGUUUUGAAUGGAACUCUGCAGCGAGAACCUUCAGCUCAGGGUGUUGCCCCAGUAAACCCCGGAGAGCUCCAGAGUCAGAUCAACCAGAACAAGGAGAUUCAGCCUCUUCCUUUGGAAGACAAGCAGCAGCUUCCCGUUAACAGACCAAACAACACUAUGCCCACAAAGAGCCGAGAACAACCACCACCUGGUGUAGUACCAGCUGAUAAUCCUCAGGUGCAGAACAGAGAAGGAAUCACCCUGAAUCCUUUAGUUGGAAUUGUUAAUAUUCAGAAAGUGAAUGUCCCUUCAGGUGGGGACAAUGGUCAGAAUGUGCAGGGGCAGAAUAAUGUCCACAACAAUGCCCCGAAUAAUAUCCCAAAUGUGCUGGUUAACAAUAACUGGUCAAAGAAUGAUUUUAACAAUGCCAAUCAGAAUGGUAAUGGCCAACCGCAACAGCCGCAGCAACAACAACAACAGCAGCAGCAGCAGCAGCCUCAGAUUGGAGGUAUCAACCUCAGCUGGGACUGGGAGGAUUUUUCUAUAAUGUUCAACUCUUAUGGAGCAGCAGAGAUGAAAGUGAGGCGGUCACCUCAUCCUACCACUGGGGAGCCGUGGCCAUUGCCGCAGUACUACUCAAAGAAGGAUGAUAAAAUCUAUAAAGUGAGCAAAGAUCUACAUUUCAUCCCAACGGGAGUCAAAUGUGAUGUUCUGGAAGAAGGACUAACGCGACAUCUUCAGCGGACCAUCCGGGGCUGCGUCGAGGACAUGUAUGACAACCUGCAGAAUGCAGAGGGGUCCCAGAUAGAGGACCCAGCCCUGAGGUACGAGAGGGAUGAGUUUGUCAAGGCCCCUAUAAUCACCAGGGUGGAGGUGAAGGUCAGAAAGCCUUGCGAUAAAUAUCCAUCGCUUGAGUCUGACGAAUCAUAUGACCUGGUUGUCAAAAAGAAGAAAACAUACAUCUGGGCCAAUGAGGUUUGGGGUGCUCUCAGAGGUUUGGAGACCUUUGGGCAUCUGGUAUGGAGAGGAACUGAUGGGAACCUGUAUAUCAAAGAAACUGUCAUCAGUGACUACCCCAGGUUUCCACAUCGUGGCCUCCACAUUGACACUUCACGGCACUAUUUAUUCAAAGAGGUCAUUCUAGACAUCCUGGACAGCAUGGAGAUGAAUAAGCUGAACGUCUUUCACUGGCACAUCGUGGACGACCAGUCUUUCCCCUACGAGAGCAAGGUCUACCCAGAGCUCAGCAGGAAGGGAGCCUUCCACCCGACCUACGUGUACACCUUGGAAGAUAUUGCCGAGAUAAUCGAGUAUGCCAGACUUCGUGGCAUUCGGGUCAUGCCAGAAUUUGACACGCCAGGCCACACCUACGCCUGGGGUCUCAGCCGACCGGAACUGCUGACCCAGUGUUACUCUGGAAGCGUGCCAGUGAAGGGCUACCUGGGUCCCAUAGACCCCAGCAAGAACUCCACCUAUAGGUUCCUGCAGACACUGUUCAAGGAAAUCGCUGAGGUCUUCAAGGAUCAGUACAUACAUCUGGGAGGAGACGAGGUUCCCUUGGGAUGUUGGCAGUCAAACCCUGAAGUAACAGCGUUUGCACAGGAGUUGGCAAAGAAACACCGUGACCUUCAACAAGGCCAAGGGCAGUAUAACCAAAAUGGCAAUAUCGGAGGAAGCUGGAGCAUGUGGUCUGAUGAAAUCAGGCGGGUGUAUGAGUACUAUGAGAACAGGUUAAUCAACAUCCUCAAUGAGAUUGGGCAGAAAAGAAAGAAGGGCAUUAAGUAUGUCAUGUGGCAGGAAGUCAUGAACAAUAACCUGCAGCUGCCCAAUGACACAAUCAUCCAGGUGUGGAUGGGAGACAUGGCUGACGUGAUGAGGGCCACCUCCAUGGGCUACCAGGUGAUCUACUCCACCUGCUGGUACAUGGACCACAUCGAGUACGGAACCAAGUGGCCCAAGUACUACAACUGUGAUCCUGUGGACCAGAGUUUUGGUUUCCAGAUUGAUGAGAAGAAAGUGCUGGGAGGAGAGGCCGCUUUCUGGGCAGAGUACUUCUCCAAUGAAAACCUCAUCCCCUUGAUGUGGCCAAGAGCUUCAGCUGCUGCCGAGAGACUGUGGAGCAGCAAGGAGGUGAAGAACCUGGACAAGGCUGCUGAGAGGCUGACAGAGCACAGGUGUCGCAUGAUUAAGCGUGGAAUCAACGCAGGGGAGAUCAAUGGUCCCGGCUACUGCCUCCAUGCACCUCCCAGACGGCGCCUCUACAAUGACACCGCUGGCUGCAAGGGAGGCAACUGUAGCCGCGCACACAAUUUUGUCCAGAUUGAAGACUUUGAGGUGCAUGUCAGCCAGAGGGGAGGAAGCCUGGCGGACUGUGGCAGU